AUGAAUGCCAAAUUGAAAAAUAACAAAAAUGGGCAAAGGACACAGGAGGGACAACAACGGCCAGAGUCCGAACAACCGAAAGUCCACAGCACCACCGGCGACGAAAAGAGCCGCCAUUGGCCACAACAACCUCAGCCGAGAAGAUCACGCAUACCAACCCCAGGUAAGCAAGACAAAAGAGGGGGGAAAGGAACUCACCUCAACUCCAUCCUUCGAUCGGCGAAGGUAGAGACCGCCACCCAACCACUCCACCGUGAAUCGGAGAUCUCCACAGCUCCAAAGACCCGCCAGCGAAACUCGCUCCGACGUAGCUCCAAUAUGCGGAAUCCCGAACAUAGCGAGAGGCCGGUGGCCCUGACCUGCGGCAACUGCGACACGGCGAUGCAAAGCUUCCCGUCAGGAAGAGGCAACCAGCGGAUUACAGUUACAAAAUCCUAA